AUGUCUGAGCAACAGGGCCCGGGUGAAGGGCCACAGGCGGUGGAGGAUCCCGUAAGCGUAAAUGCCGCAGCCGCAAACGCUCUGUCUGGGGAGACCGAGCCCGCUGUGCCGGAUGUGGCGGCCGACUCCGCUCGAGACCCGGCGCAGACGCAGCAGGCCGACGCAGCGCAUGAGCCGCCCUCAGCUGCGACAGACGCGCAGGGAACAACCACCGCGAUUGACCCGCAGCAUGGCGCAAACGGCGCGGCGGCGGCGGCGGUGCCGCACGCGCAGAAGCGCACUGCAGACGCUGCCGGCCUCGCUGGCGCCGCUGAUGGCGACGCCGGCCGGCCGGCCAAGUCGCUGCGCCUGCAAG